GUGCACGCCCGGGCUGGGCGCUCAGAGGUCGGGUGGGCGCCCGCUCCGCUGCGCGCACACCGCCCGGCGAGAGGCUCGGAGUUUAAUCACACACAGCGUCCGGCUUCCUGUCCCCAGCGCCCCCUCCCGCCCCGUUUCCCUUGCCCCUCCCUCUCCCCAGCCCGAUCCGCCCGCCGGCUCCCCCUCCCCCGAUCCCUCGGGUCCCGGGAUGGGGGGGCGGUGAGGCAGGCACAGCCCCCCGCCCCCAUGGCCGCCCGUCGGAGCCAGAGGCGGAGGGGGCGCCGGGGGGAGCCGGGCACCGCCCUGCUGGUCCCGCUCGCGCUGGGCCUGGGCCUGGCGCUGGCCUGCCUCGGCCUCCUGCUGGCCGUGGUCAGCUUGGGGAGCCGGGCAUCGCUGUCCGCCCAGCAGGAGCCUGCCCAGGAUGAGCUGGUGGCAGAGGAGGACCAGGACCCGUCGGAACUGAAUCCCCAGACAGAAGAAAGGCAGGAUCCUGCACCUUUCCUGAACCGACUAGUUCGGCCUCGCAGAAGUGCACCUAAAGGCCGGAAAACACGGGCUCGAAGAGCGAUCGCAGCCCAUUAUGAAGUUCAUCCACGACCUGGACAGGACGGAGCACAGGCAGGUGUGGACGGGACAGUGAGUGGCUGGGAGGAAGCCAGAAUCAACAGCUCCAGCCCUCUGCGCUACAACCGCCAGAUCGGGGAGUUUAUAGUCACCCGGGCUGGGCUCUACUACCUGUACUGUCAGGUGCACUUUGAUGAGGGGAAGGCUGUCUACCUGAAGCUGGACUUGCUGGUGGAUGGUGUGCUGGCCCUGCGCUGCCUGGAGGAAUUCUCAGCCACUGCGGCGAGUUCCCUCGGGCCCCAGCUCCGCCUCUGCCAGGUGUCUGGGCUGUUGGCCCUGCGGCCAGGGUCCUCCCUGCGGAUCCGCACCCUCCCCUGGGCCCAUCUCAAGGCUGCCCCCUUCCUCACCUACUUCGGACUCUUCCAGGUUCACUGAGGGGCCCUGGUCUCCCCGCAGUCGUCCCAGGCUGCCGGCUCCCCUCGGCAGCUCUCUGGGUACCUAGUCCCCUCUGCCCCACCCUCAGCUGCUCUUUGCUCCAGACCUGCCCCUCCCUCUAGAGGCUGCCUGGGCCUGUUCACGUGUUUUCCAUCCCACAUAAAUACAAUAUUCCCACUCUUAUCUUACAACGCCCCCCACCGCCCACUCUCCACCUCACUAGCUCCCCAAUCCCUGAACCUUUGAGGCCCCCAGUGAUCUCGACUGCCCCCUGGCCACAGACCCCCAGGGCAUUGUGUUCACUGUACUCUGUGGGCAAGGAUGGGUCCAGAAGACCCCACUUCAGGCACUAAGAGGGGUCCAGGGGCUUCCUGGACCUGGCGGCAGGAAGCCAAAGAGACUGGGUCUAGGCCAGGAGUUCCCAAAUGUGAGGGGCGAGAAACAAGCUCCUCCCUUGAGAAUUCCCUGUGGAUUUUUAAAACAGAUAUUAUUUUUAUUAUUAUUGUGACAAAAUGUUGAUAAAUGGAUAUUAAAUACAAUAAGUCA